CGAUAACAACGGAAAAACGGCCGCCUCGCGUUGGCUGGGGAGUUCCGCUCUCUUGCUCUCUCCCACUCUUAGUGUGCGUUCGGCUGAGCGUUCGCUCGCGUGUUUAACAUUUUGUGUUGUUGUGUUUUGUUUUUGGUUGGAAAAUGCAAAAUACGCCAACAGCAGCUGCAACAGCGUACAACUCUGCAGUUGCGAUUGUUUCGGGUUUUCCUCUUUGUGUGUGCAACAAUGCACAGAAAAGUGCCCAACAAGUUAUAAAAAAUGUUUAAAAACACAAGAACCUAAAGUCUAAAUAUCCCAAAAAUGUGCCUUAAAAAUUGAAGUAAAACAAAUACUGACUGCAACAACAAAAAUCAACAAACAUCAACAAACAUCAACCCAUACAGCAAGUGUGAAUACCCAACGCCCAGUGCCACGCCCCUGACUAAAAAAUACCUAAGCCAAAAGAAAAAACACCUUAAAAUCAAAGAAAACAAAACAAAAAUCGUCUAAAUAAAACUCGAACAACAAAAUCAUGAGUAGUCAACCUGCCAGCCAGCCCGAUAGCAUUGACUUAGCCUAUGAUAUGUGGGCGGGUCAAUUCGAAUUUGUCGGACCCACAGCGAAUGCAGCAGCAACAACAGCAAUAAAUCACAAAAGCGGUGCACUGAACAACAACAACAACAAUAAUUGUGUGAAAUUUGGCAGUGAGAGGAACGCUAGUCAAGAGCUUUCGUCAGCGGACAGUCUGGAGGAUUUGAAUUUGAAUUUCAACACGAGCUCCACACAGAAUCCUCUGUGCAACGCCUAUAGUUUGGGUGUGGGCGUGGUUGGGCAAUAUACUGGCUUUGGCAAGCAGCCCAUACUGUUCGAUCAGGAGACGUUUCUCAGUCUCAAUCCGGCUGAUUUUGAGAAUAUUGUGCCAUCCGAUUCGGAGCCCAAUUCGCUAGUGUUCAUCGAAAACAAGUUAGAAACGAACAACAAUAGUUUGGAGUCGAAUAAUAAUAACAGCAACAACAAUAAUAAUAAUAAUAAAAUAUACAAUUUGGAAACGUUGACAAGUAAAUUCAAUAAUAAGACAAACAAUACGAAUACAAACGGUUUCAAAUUGGAAAACCUUAAGAACUUCAAGAACAAAUUGCUCUGUGAUUUUGAGGAGAACGGCAACGGGGGAGCCGCAAACGGCACAAACAGCAACAAAAUGAACGGCGCCCUCAGCGCGGAGAUUUGCGAUAAUUUCAACGAGCAACUGGAGCUGCUGCAGCGCAAGGUAGACGAUCUGUCCGAUACGCAGAACAUAGCCGAGGAUCGCACGACGCGCACCAAGACUGAAUAUGCGGUGCUCCAGGCGCGCUAUCACAUGCUCGAGGAGCAGUACAGAGAGUCGGAACUGCGCGCCGAGGAGCGUUUGGCCGAGGAGCAGAAGCGUCAUCGCGAAAUUUUGGCCCGUGUGGAACGCGAAGCCUCGCUGCAGAAUGAGAAUUGCCAGAUGAAGAUCAAAGCCACCGAAAUCGAGGCGAAUGCACUGCGCGAUGAGGCGCAACGGUUGCGUGUCUUGUGCGAUAAACAGGCCAACGAUUUGCAUCGCACCGAGGAGCAGCUAGAGCUGGCACGCGAUCAGAUUGCCGCCCUGCAGCAGGAAUACGAUGAACAAUUGCAGACGGUGCGCCGGCACGAGCAGGAGAAAAAGUCCACCGAGGAGCUAAUGCUCGAGCUGAGUCGCGAACUGCAGCGCGCCCGCGAGGAGAAUGGGGCACGUGCCAUGCCUACCACAUCGCCGGAGAGCAUAAGACUGGAGGAGCUGCAUCAGGAGCUCGAGGAGAUGCGCCAAAAGAAUCGCUCCCUCGAGGAGCAGAACGAGGAGCUGCAGGCAACCAUGCUGACGAAUCAGGCCACCAUGCUGACCAACGGCGUGGAGCAGGGUCGUCAUCUGUUGAACGGCACCCUCAACAAUCUGGCCCAGGAGCUGGAGGAGAUGUCACAAGCUCAGGAUUCUGUGGAUUCAGCCACAUUAGCAUCCUUAAGUCAGCUGCAACAGGCCUUCCAGGAAAAGGAAGAUGAGAAUGUGCGUCUAAAGCAUUAUAUCGAUACGAUCCUAUUGAACAUUGUGGAGAACUAUCCCCAGCUCCUCGAAGUCAAGCCCAUGGAGCGCAAAUAGAGGAACGCAAAAAAAUAAAAAUAAAGAACAACAAUAUUUAAUAAUAAAACUAAACCCGGAUACUGCGGUAACUGGACCACCUAAACUAAACUCAAAGGAAAACUAAAACAAAAGAGAAGCAGAGCAAGAUAAACUAACUAAUGAACUACUUUAAAAUACAUUUUAAGCACUCGCCCCAUAUAUUUAUGUAUACAGUUUAAGUCGUAAUUUAUUUUAUAACAAUUUAUUGUAGUUUUUAAACCGAACAACACAAGUGAACAGAACUACAAAUUUAUGUGAAAUUAGUUUAAAAUUUUGUUAUUCAUAUUAUAUUUCUUUGUCAAACUUUUUAACCAAUCGUUAUGUAUAAAAAAUUUCAUGUUUGUAAAAUAGAAACUAAACCAAUAUUGUCAAAAAAACAAAAGGAAACACGUUUAACCCAGCAAAUUGUUUAUAGUUUUUGUAGUGUUGUUGAGCCCUGAAGAUAUUAACUGUAACAAUUAUUAGUUCAUAAGAUUAUACACCUUUUAAAACCAACAAUAUUUAUUAAUAUACAAGAAAUAAUUAUAACCAUGUAUAUGAUGUGUAUAUGAGUAGGCAUAGAGACAGGUCCGAGUACCCUUAAAAUUAUGAUGAUAUCUAUAUAUAUAUAUAUUUAUAUAUGAUUUCAACAUUGUUAUAUAUAGUUUAGUACUGGGAAGCGCUUGGGAAACUUGUGUACGUCUAAAAUCAUUUUACUUUCAUGUUAUCUUUAUAUAUCUGUAGCAAAAUCUUCACAGUUCCUUUAUAUUCUCUUUCUGCUCCUAAUUGGUUUUUUAUAACUUCAACACUUUGUCUAUUCUCUUUUCUUAUAUUAUCUAAACACUUUUGUGUUAAUCAAAUUCCCAAGUGUCUUAAGCUGCCCAGAUACUAAUCCAGAUCGAUGAAUAACCUAUCAAAAAUUUGCGUUUAUGGUAUGGACAAUCCCCAGGAUAUGUAGUUGGAGUUUUAGUUAAACUCGAUCUAAGAGAAGGCAAAGAAAAUUUUCGGUCGAACGCAAAAAUGAUAAUAGUUAAAAAAGAAAAACUAAACUUAUAUAACAGAACUACGUACUAAUGAUACAUAUGUGUUUUGUAAACUUGAAUAAUGGACGUAAUGUGCAAAGUUUUAGGGAUCGCUAAGAAGUUCGAUUAAAGUACAUAGAUCGUAUUCGAGCUGUGGACGAGCCCUAAUAGCGUAAACUUAAACUCAACGAUAACUUAAAACGGAACUCAAAGUGGUCAACUCUCUUUUUAUAAAUAUAUAUGUGUACCAAUAAUACCAAUUAUCUAUAUCAAAAUUAACGAUUUGCUAAUCAAAAUAUUUGAUGCCUUAAAUGAUUUUUAAAAGUUUUAAGAACUUGAUUUGUAUAAUAGAAAGCAAGUGAGUGUUGCAAAAGGCACGAAAUGCGAUCUGCUAAGCUUGUAGAUAACACUAAAAAGUCCAUUAUAUUUUAACUAAAUAUAUGUAAUACUAUAUCUGUGCCCCAUAGCAUAGAAUUUUAAAUUGUAAUUUACACCAAGCAAGUGUACGAAAUAUUACUAAAAAUAAUAAAAUGA